AUGUCCAAGAAGCUUGCAGCACAGGCGCUGGAUGCCCUUAUGUCCAGCAACAACACCAACAGCAAAAUCUCCAAAUCCUCCACCUCAUCAGGAGCAGUAUCCAAGAAGAAGAGCAGCAGCGGCAAGACCGCAAAGAAACAAAACAAGAACAGUUUGCCUGUGACUAAGACCGGAUUGAAGAAGAUUAAGCAUGAGAUCCGGUAUGGACAUUCUGUCCGGAGGCAGCAGGAGGAGGCUGAAGCCAAGAUCAAUCCUCUCGAAAAGUUAAAGUCGGCGCAGGAGGAGGAGCAGGAAAUUGUGGAGAGGAACAUCAACUACUACAGGGUCACAAACCGGGUGUCAAAGAAGGAGCUCGAGCUGCGUAAAAAGAUCAAGGAUCUUCGUGCAAAGGCAAUGGGACAGGAGGUCCGCAAGGCUGUUGCGGAGCAGGAUGAAUCGGACGGCGAGGACGAUUAA